UGUCUUUACAUUAUCUUUCCACACACAGAAAAAAAGAAAAGAAAUGGCAACGACAUAUUAGCUGUCGCUCAGUGCGCCGCGGCCACCCAGUGUGCCACCGCCGUGACACCGGACUGCGAUGAUCGUGUCCAACGUGAGCCUGAGCGGCUGCGCAGGGGUCAACAGCGCUCUGUGCGCCGCAGCCGGGGAAGGGCACUUGGGGGGAGGCUCAUACCGGACCACCCUCACCCCGACGGGGCACCUGAUUGUGGCCGUGUGCCUUGGCUUCAUCGGCACUCUCGGACUUAUGAACAACCUGCUGGUGCUCGUGCUCUUCUGCCGCUACAAGAUGCUGCGGUCGCCCAUCAACCUGCUCCUGAUUAACAUUUCCAUCAGCGACCUGCUGGUGUGCGUACUGGGGACUCCGUUCAGCUUCGCCGCCAGCACGCAGGGACGGUGGCUCAUAGGAGACGGCGGAUGCGUGUGGUACGGAUUCGCCAACUCCCUCUUUGGCAUUGUUUCCCUGAUCUCCCUGGCUGUCCUCUCCUAUGAGCGCUACAGCACCAUGGUGGCCCCCACUGAGGCCGACUCCUCCAACUACCGGAAGAUCUCCCUGGGCAUCAUCCUCUCCUGGGUCUACUCCCUCAUCUGGACCCUGCCGCCACUCUUUGGCUGGAGCCAAUAUGGCCCAGAGGGACCCGGGACCACCUGCUCUGUCGACUGGACGGCCAAGACGGCGAAUAGCAUGUCUUACAUCAUCUGCCUGUUUGUCUUCUGCCUCAUCGUGCCAUUCCUGGUGAUCGUGUUCUGCUACGGGAAGCUGCUGUGCGCCAUCAGACAGGUGAGCGGGAUCAACGCAUCGAUGAGCAGGAAACGUGAGCAGCGUGUGUUAUUCAUGGUUGUGAUCAUGGUGAUCUGCUACCUGCUGUGCUGGCUGCCGUACGGCAUCAUGGCCCUGCUGGCCACCUUCGGGCCACCCGGCCUGGUCACACCCGUGGCGAGCAUCAUCCCCUCGAUCCUGGCCAAGACGAGCACGGUCAUCAACCCAGUCAUCUAUGUCUUCAUGAAUAAACAGUUUUACAGAUGUUUCCAAGCCCUGCUACAUUGUGAGACUCCGCGACGAGGCUCCAGCUUAAAGAGCUCCUCCAAGGUCGCCACCAAGGCCGUAAGAGGCGUAGCAGUGACUGGUCCCCGCCGCACCAACGACUUCCUAUUUAUGGUAGCCUCCUUGGGUCAACCGGCAGACACCAUCCCCCAACUGGACCCCUCAGUGGAACCCACCAUUGACGUCACCAAAGGCCCCUCUUCAGACAUCAACAAACCUGUCGUAGUAUCGCUAGUGGCCCACUUUGACGGCUGA